CUGCAACCUAGCACUUUGGCCGGCCGAGCUGCCACAACGCUAUAGCCAUGUUUUCUGCUGGAGCAGCUGUGCGCGCGCUAGGCCGAUUGAAGCCUAUGAACGCUGUUCCCUCCGCCCGUGCCUCCUUCAGACUCUCCCUGGACCGUCGACGGUACAUCUCCGCCUACGGCUACACCCAGGCCAAAGCCUUAGUCUACGCCAACUAUGGUGAGCCCAAAGAUGUCUUAAGCCUACAUUCCUACUCUAUCUCACCCCCACACCACACCCAGGUCAAUGUCCGCCUCCUCACCGCGCCCCUCAACCCCGCCGAUAUCAACCAAAUCCAGGGCGUCUAUCCUUCAAAACCCGCCUUCGCUACAACCCUCGGCACAUCCACCCCUUCCGCCAUCGCCGGCAAUGAAGCUGCCUUCGAGGUCCUGUCAACCGGCUCCGGUGUCAAAUCCCUCACAAAGGGCGACUGGGUCAUCAUGAAGCGGUCGGGGAUGGGCACCUGGCGCACGCACGCACAAUUCGACGAAGCAUCCUUAAUCAAGAUCGAAGACCGCAGCAACCUGACCCCGCUCCAGGUCGGCACCGUUGGCAUCAACCCCGUCACCGCCUACCGGAUGCUGAAGGAUUUCUGCGAGUGGGACUGGGUGGGCAAGCCGGGGGAGGAAUGGGUGAUUCAGAACGGAGCGAACUCCGGCGUCGGCCGCGCGGUCAUCCAGCUCGGGCGCGAAUGGGGCAUCAAGACGCUGAACGUCAUUCGCGAGCGGGACUCGGCCGCGGAGACGGCGGCGCUGACGGACGAUCUGCUGGCCCUGGGCGCGACGGCGGUCGUGACGGAGGCCCAGCUCCUCUCGUCCAAGACGUUCCGCGACAUCGUGCACGAACGGACGCGCCAGGGCAAGGAGCCCAUUCGCCUGGCGCUGAAUUGCGUGGGCGGGCCCAGCGCGACGGCGAUGUUGAAGGUGCUUGCGCCCGAGUCGCAUAUGGUCACGUAUGGAGCGAUGGCGAAGCAGCCCCUGACGCUGCCGUCGGGGUUGUUGAUUUUCAAGAAUCUGGUCCUGGAUGGUUUUUGGGUGUCGAAGUGGAGUGAUAAGAAUCCAGCGCUGAAGACAGAGACGGUCAAUGAUAUUUUGAGGUUGGUGAGGGCGGGAAAGUUCAAGGAUAUACCCGUCCAAGAGAAGAAAUGGACCUGGGAGACCGAGGCGGCAGAGUUGGCGGCGGAGGCUCAGGGGACGUUGAGCGGGAGAAGAAGCGGGAAGAGUGUGUUUGUGUACGAAGGGGAUUAAGUGAGGCGAUGGUUUUGCGUCCUCUACACUUCGGUGUUCGGUUCUCGGGUCGUGUUUGUAUGGGUGUGUCUAUAAAAUCAUUUUAUAUUAUCAUAUUGUACAUUACUGUAGCUAGAGAGCGGGAAGAAAAAAAUGUAUUUGAGUCUAUUUAUGGUAUGGGUCUUCAUUAUCUCUUCAAUUGAGCCCGCUGUUUUGCAAAUCCUGGCAUCCUGUAUCUGUCUAGCAACUAUAUUGCGAUUAAACAAUCCAAACACGGCGGAGAUAUAUCAAAUUCCAUCCACGAUAUCAUAAAUCCAACACGCAAUUAUAUCUCCUUCCCUCUAUAGUAACCCCGGAAAGAAAACGUGAAUCUCAAUAAAAAGCCGCACAAUCCCGAAUCCAAACAUAAAGAGCCGAAAACACAAUAUCUAACUAGUAACUAAUUUCCAAUUCCCAAAAACACAAGAAAGCAUCCCGACUCCGCUACCCCCUCUCUAUACCUUCCCCUCCUGACAUUUCCAAUUCUCCUCUACCCACCGGACAACAAUAGUCCCCAGGGUCUCCUCCUCCAUAAUAACCUCUGUAUCCUCCUUCAUAUCAACAUCGUGUCCCACAAAUUUAAACGCCAUAUCCAGCCAUGGCUCGACGAAAUCGAGGUAAACAACGUCGACGGCUUCUGGGUCUGCAGUGUCGGAGUUCAUGUCCCUGGGCGAAGGCGAGGACAUGGAUGUGGAUGUGGAAGUGUUUGCAGGAACGAAGGCGGACAGGCAGUUUGGUACUUUGUAGGAGGAUAUCUUGGAGUGGAUCGUGUCGUCACCAUCGUCGCCUGCGUCGUCUACCGUAGUGUAGCCCGGCAUGAUGAUCAGAGCUGGCUCUUUGCCUUGAUCAUCCUCUGUAUCGCGGUCAUCACCACUGGGGGAGUUGAGUGGGAUUUGGUUCGGCGAAGACAGUUGGGUUUCUCCUCGACCAUGGCCAUCGUUCUCGCCGUUGACGAAGCUACUGAGAGAUAUCUUCUGCUGCUCGGGCGGGGAUAGGAAAGACGAUGCAGAAACAGUCGAGUUCGGCAUGUCUGCGAGAAUUUUUAUCUGUCGAUUCAGGACUUCCAUGACCAGUUUCGCUUUUUCGUAAGGCACGUCCUUAACAUAGCGAAAGCCGGAUGGAAACGGUGAUAGAGUGUAUGCUGAAUCUUUCGUGAAAGGCCCUUUGAAGAUAUCAAAGCGGAGAGCACCUGUGUUUAUGAUAACCAUAGCGGCCUUGUUAGGGCGCGUUUUCACACGGAAGCUAUCGGGCAGGACCUUCUUCUCCAGCCAAGAAUAUAAACUUGCGUUGUGGGGAUACGGCACGCGCGACAUCCACAGGUCUUUCGGCGCGCAGCCAUGUAUGUGGUCAAGUUUCAGUUCGCGCCGAGCACUCUGGAUCAUUUUGGAGACAUUCUUGCCAUGUUCCGUGGGGAAGGUGGUUGUGUUGAGACCGGUAUGGUAGCUGAAGGACCAGAGGUUAUUAUCGAUGUAUCUCCGUGUGAAUGAUGGGUUGGCUGCUGCAGACGAUGACUGCUUGUCUCCCGUCGACAAACCGCUGAUGGAGGCGAAGCCGAUCGUUUCCAUAAACCUGCCACUGGCGAGUCCGUACGCCUUUUCGUCGUACUUAACAUAGUCCCGGAUAUGAUAGUGGCCUCCAAAAAAAUGGAUUGGGGUGUCCCAAUGCAUGCCCCUUAUCUCUUUGUAGAUGGUUAAGAAUUCAUUCGAUUCCACAGCAACAUGUCCAACAACGACGAAAAGGUCGACAUCCUUGUCCCGAAUCGCGUCCUGGAACCAUUCUUCCUUGACAGUCUCCUCCACAGGUUGGACAAAGGUAUUAUUGUAGUUUUGUUUGAAAUUGAAUAAAAACCCAAACGCCACAAUACGGAUACCUAGUUUCUGUGUCGUGAAUUUCUUGAAGCGUGCGGCCAAGGGGACCCGCUCCCCCGAGUGGGGAUCCAUUAUAUCGAUAUUCGAGGAGAUGUAGUUGCCUUUGAAAUUGGGGACUGUUGUCAGAUACUCAUUUACGGACGUGUUCUUUUGAUACAGCUCAUGGUUGCCAGAGCAUAUGAUGUCAAUGCGUUGCUGCUUGAAAAUCUCCGCGGUAUAUAGCCCCUUUGGCUCCGAGCCGUCGUAGAGACCAUUUCCGUCUACUC